AUGAUUUUUGGUGGGAAUGAAAUCAAUGGUGUAACCUUUUCGGCGGCUAAAAGGACAAAAGUAUCAGUAACCCACAACAAGAGACUCCGAGAAGUCGCCGAAGAUAACAUCACCUUUAUGGAGGAUGAUGCCGACGGACUUCUUCUGUCGCAUAACGUCGCCCUGGUAAUUUCUCUUAAUGUUCUAGAUCUUAAUAUUAAACGUGUUUUGGUUGACCUAGGAAGCUCAACCAACAUUAUUCAAUUGAGAGUGUUGGAACAAGCCAAAUUAACUGGAAGUAUCAUUCCGGCGACAAAGCUCCUCACUGGGUUCAAUAUGACAAGUGUGACAAGCCGAAGGGAUAUCUUGCUGCCCACGAACGUUGAUGGGGUCACGAAGACCACCUUAUUCAAAAUGGUGGAUGGUGACAUGGGCUACAACAUAAUCCUCGGUAGACCAUGGUUACAUGAGAUGAAGGCUGUACAUUGA